AUGGCCGCUUCUUGCUCCCUCUUCCACUCCUCCUCAUCCGCCGCCGCCGCAUCCCUUCCCCGCCACCAAACCAGCUCCCAAUUCCGCAUCCCCACCUCCGCCCCCUACCCCCGACCCCGCCGCUCCCCGGCGGUAAUCACCUGCACCUCCUCCACCCUCGACCCCGCACCUUCCUCCAACUCCGUCAAGCCCCGCCGCCCCGCCGACGAGAACAUCCGCGACGAGGCCCGCCGCCACCGCGCCGCCUCCGCGGCGAGCACCUUCUCCGCCAAGUACGUCCCCUUCAACGCCGGCGGCCCGGAAUCCGACGAGUCCUACUCCCUCGACGAGAUCGUGUACCGGAGCCGCUCCGGCGGCCUGCUCGACGUCCAGCACGACAUCGACGCGCUGAAGAAAUUCGACGGCGCAUACUGGCGCGACCUCUUCGACUCACGCGUCGGGAAGACGAACUGGCCGUACGGCUCCGGGGUCUGGUCCAAGAAGGAGUGGGUCCUCCCCGAGAUCCACCCGGACGACAUCGUCUCCGCCUUCGAGGGCAAUUCCAACCUCUUCUGGGCCGAGCGUUUCGGCAAACACCUGGUGGGCAUGGACGAUCUGUGGGUGAAGCACUGCGGGAUCAGCCACACGGGCAGUUUCAAGGAUUUGGGGAUGACGGUGCUCGUCAGCCAGGUGAACCGCCUCCGCAAAUUGAACCGCCCUAUCGUUGGGGUCGGCUGCGCCUCCACCGGCGACACUUCCGCCGCGCUCUCCGCCUACUGCGCUUCCGCGGGGAUCCCUUCCAUCGUCUUCCUCCCGACCAACAAAAUCUCCAUGGCGCAGCUGGUCCAGCCCAUCGCCAACGGCGCCUUCGUGCUCAGCAUCGACACCGAUUUCGACGGGUGCAUGAAGCUGAUCCGCGAGGUGACCUCCGAGCUCCCCAUCUACCUCGCCAAUUCGCUCAACAGCCUGCGGCUCGAAGGCCAGAAGACCGCCGCCAUCGAGAUCCUGCAGCAAUUCGACUGGGAAGUCCCCGAUUGGGUCAUCGUUCCAGGGGGAAACUUGGGGAACAUCUACGCCUUCUACAAAGGAUUCAAAAUGUGUCAAGAACUCGGCCUCGUCGACAAGAUCCCGCGCCUGGUCUGUGCUCAGGCUGCAAACGCCAACCCGCUCUACCGGCAUUUCAAAUCCGGGUGGGGGACGGAUUUCAAGCCGGUGAAGGCGACCACCACGUUCGCUUCCGCUAUUCAGAUUGGCGACCCUGUUUCCAUAGACAGGGCCGUCUACGCCCUGCAGAGGUCGAACGGGAUCGUGGAGGAAGCGACGGAGGAGGAGCUGAUGGAUGCAAUGGCGCUGGCGGAUUCCACUGGGAUGUUCAUUUGCCCACACACUGGUGUUGCCCUGACUGCGUUGAUGAAGCUGAGGAAGAGCGGCGUGAUAGGGGCGAGCGAUCGGACCGUGGUGGUGAGCACGGCGCAUGGGCUGAAGUUCUCGCAGGCGAAGAUCGAUUACCAUUCGAAAGCCAUACCGGAGAUGGCUUCGCGGUUCGCUAACCCGCCGGUGGAAGUGAAGGCUGAUUUCGGGUCGGUGAUGGAUGUGUUGAUGAAGCACCUGGGAGAUAAAGCUCCCAAGUAG